AUGGAUACCAAAUUAAAGCUCCCAAAUGGAAUAAAGUUGACUUUCGGCCAAAUAGUUUCAUUAGCUGGCGAUUAUUAUGGUGCUAUUAAAAAUCCGAUAAUUAUUCCCUGCCAAAUGUUGAAGCCUUUCAAUGCAAAGCAAGGAAGAAAUAACCGCAAGAGGUUCUUGAAAGCCUUUGGAAAACUUGCUCGUAAAUCUGGAAGACAUAUUCGAGCUGAAGUCAAAAAACUUGUUAAAAUGAUCACCGAUGACCACAAAGUACAAAAAUCUGGCAAGGGAAAGCUUCAUACUGAUAGAGAAUGGGAUGAGGUUACUGGUGGGAGAUGGAUACGAUUUCCAUUUCUAGGAGAUAUCCCGAAAACUUGGGGCAGAAUGUUAAAUCUUGCCGCAAACAAUACCGACCACUUUCAACCCCAAGCGAUGGAAGCUUACCUCGCAGGUCAUCAGUGUGCUAUAGAUAGAGCUCGUCGAGCAGGAAUGGAAAAAGAUAGAAAGAAGAAGAUGAACUUGCUGAUGGAAGCUUACUCCAUGGAAGCGUUUGCAGGCCAUUAUCUUUCUGACUGCUUCUCAAGCGGUCACAUCAGGUAUGAGUUAUAUUUUCUGAAUACAAAUUAAUAUCGCUUCUUAAAAAAAUUGAAAUUGCAAGAGAAGACAAGUUCAGGCAAAAUAAACGAAAAUAAUUAAUUAUAUACUUAAUACAGUAUCUUUUCAAUGUAGAAACACAACAAUUAAGGUUAUAGGACACCCUUUAAAUCUGGUUCAGAAAAUUACGCACUGAUACAAUUUUUAGCUAUUGCAUACUCACUUUUUACCCAAUCGACCUUAAAUGUUUAAGUACUAGAUAAAACAUUAGCAGCCGAUCUGUAUCUGAUAUACAAACUCGAGCUGAAGGCGAGAUGUUUUAUCGUACUUAAAAAAUGACCCAUCUAAUGAGUUCAUUUGCGAAGUAAUUUUAAAAAUAAACAUUGUCUAAGCCGAGAAAAUCAGAGCUGAAAUUUAUGUAAAUCAGGACAAAUCUUUAUCCGAUUUACAAACAUUGAUUAAACAUUCAUUUCUUUUGUAUUUUCCUCGUGAAGUAUUAAUGAAUUUCUAAAUUAAUCUUAAUUUUCUGUUACAAUUGUUCGUACAGUGUGCUAAGCAUUUUAGGUAUGAUAUUUAGGUACAUCUCAUUUUCAAGAGCUGUACUAACAUACAGUAACUACAAUUAUGAUUAAAACAAAUAAGUAUACUGUACUAAUAAAAGCAGUAAACUAGAAAUACAUUUUACAGUUUACCAUCACUGGACGUAGGCCCGCGUUACACGUCAUCUCAAGUGUUGCCAUAGCAUCAUGAUUAUUUUUAUAUAAUUUUUAAAAUUUCUUUAUAUUCUUUAAAUAAAACAUAAGUAAUAAAACAUAAUAAAAUUUAAUUAUUCUGAAAAACAUUUUGAAAUCCAAAAAACAUAUUAGUUAGUUUAUCAGACAGGGUCGCCGAGAGGUUGGCGGGGGCCCGGGGCAAAUUUUUUCCGGAAAUAUUUUUUUUUGGAGAACAACCUCCCCACCCCCCGUCGACAACUUUUUAUGUAAAAAAAAUUUCCGGACGAGUACGUUGCAAUUGCUUCCAACGACUUUAUCUCAAUUUUUCAUGCCAAAUUUCUGUACUUAGCCCAAAAAAAACCAGAUAUCUUGUCCUUUGCGCGGAUAUAUUUAACACACAAAAAAGACUGGUCCAACAAAAAAUUUCCAAGGUCCAGCAAAAGGUCCAACGAAAAAUUUUUCAGGUGCCCCCAGCAUCUCGGGGCCCGGGGCAAUCCACCCCCCUCGGCGGCCCUGUUAUCAAAUACUUACUAAGUGUAAAUAUAUUUAUGGUAGGACCAGGUUGUUGAAUUGUUACGUUGACGAGCUGAACGCUUCUUCAGAGAUUGCUGUAUUUGUUAAAUUGUCUGAUAGUUUCCGCAUAUAAUAUACAUUAAAAGCGCAAUCCGUAUAAAGAACCAAAUACCGUAUUUACUCGAUAAUACCGUAUUUUACGACGAGUAAAUAGCGUAAUCAAGAAGCCAUAUAUAAUGUUUAGUUUGCCAUAGAAGAACCGCGUGUGUGUAGUCCGUUGCAAAAAAAAGUAGCAUUUAGUGUUUGUGACAUUUUAUUCGUCCCCGAGCAAACGACGCGAAGCACCGUUUCGGGCGUAAGCCGGGCGAGGGUGUUAUUCCGCUUGGAGAGGUUACGAAAAAAUACAACUCUACAGGUCUUUUGGCAAGAAUCGAAUCUGCAUUCUGGCGAUUCUGUUGCAUCGCUCUGCCCGUUUCCUACAUAUUGACAUCAGUUUAGUAUAUAUACAUGCAUGAACUUGCAGUUAGAGCUCGACAAUUACACUCAGCCGGUUAUAGCGCUGUACUGGAAUGGUACGGGGACGCAGGUUCGAUUCUUGCUUAGGAGCCUAUAGAGUUGCAUUUUUCGCAACUCCUUCUGAUUAGGAUUAAUAAAUCUUAUAGCGCGGUUGGCUCUGUUUCGCUUGAUUUACCGCGGUGAUUAACUGGCGUAUUUACUGUGAAUUGCCACUUCAGGGAAGAACGCCGGGAUUAUAUUAUAUAAUUCACGGGAUUAUAUAUAUAAUCCCGGGGGAUAUGAUGAAUUUACAAUUGCCUAAGAGGUAACUACAAACUCAAGCCCCUAAUCUCCUUUUCGUCUAUAUAAACACUGUACCGUCUAUCUAUCAUCCAAUGCCUAAGGAUUAGCUGGAUCAACAGCCAAAGUUCUUACACUUAUGCACUCAGCGAAUUUAUACAAAAACUUUUGCUUUUUCACUUGUGGGAUGUUGAAUGAUAAGAUGCGCAUUACCAUUCGGAUUAAAGCAUCUACAGUGCGCAUGUUCAACCAGUUCCUAUGUCCCGCAAGCACGAGAGCUGUUUGGGUAACAAAACCUCGCCAAUUAUGCUAUAAGUCGGUUAAACACCUCGAACGCCUUCGGCCCUCGGGAUUUAUCUGGCUUAAAGCCUCCGUUCUUGGUGUUUAACCUAUACUAAAAACUUACCCUCGAAAUUUCGAACUGCAAAACCCUUUACUCCCUGAGGCAACGGCGCGAAGCGCCAUUUCGGGCGUUAGCCCGGGGCGAGGGUACCAAUUUCGCCCGGCUAUUUAUGCCCGGGAAAACGAAAACAUUAGCGAAGUUCAUCAAUGAUCGCGGGCGUGCGUGACCCACGGUGUUUGGGCGUUGGGUGUGUGGUGAUCCUCACUGAUCUCAAAAAUAUGGUGGACUGUCAUGAAUAGCGAACACUGAUUGGUCAAAUUUAAAAUUUGCAUUAUAACGACUGCACGACGACAGCGAAUGAGCAAACAUUACUUGAUUUGAUGACUUCUGACAUUUCUUGCAAAUAUAUUUCAUUUAUGCAAGAUUUUGUGAAUAUUGAAAGCUUUUUAAGAAAAUAAAGGCGAAAGAAUUGCGAAAAGAAGGGAGUAAAGGCGCCGACGUAAGCGAAGGUAGGUUUGUUUUAAAUAUUGAUGUAUUUAUUGUUCGCUUUAUAAUUGCUUAAUAAAAGCUGAUCGUCGCGUAUAUUUUAAAUGAGAACGAUAUCCUUUUUUAUUAUAUUAAAAUUUUUAACUAAAAAAGAAAGCAAAGUUGUUUGAAUGCGAGAAUUUAAAUCAUUAUAUUGCAAACUCAAAGUUUUUUUAUAAAGGCAGUUUAGUUUUAUAAAGAACAUUUUAUAACGUCUUGCGAAGCGUUUGAGGUUGAAUUUUACCUUAAAUUGAAGCUUAUAGUAAGUAUAAUAACAUACCUAACGUAUAUACAGCUAUUUCAUUUAACGUUGUCCACCAGCAAAGCGGAAAGGUCGAAUACGAGGCGAAAGGAUGCUGGGAAUCGCUAACAAAUUAAUGAAUUUGCAUAUGCAAAUUUAUUAAUUUGUUAGCGAUUCCCAGCAGCCUUUCGCGCUCGUAUUCGACCUUUCCGCUUUGCUCGUGGACAACCUUAAUUGAAAUAGCUGUAUAUGUUUGGGUCGAAUUUAUAAUUUUGCAAUUAAAAGUUAUAUUUUUAGCGGAUUUUUCAUUUGUAAAAAUAUUCUUAACAAAAUUAUCGUGUUACCCUGACAACAACUUUAAAUACUUUAUGUUCAUGGAAUACAAUGGUUUUGUCAGAAAGGCGAGGGUUUCUGCAUGCAUGUAUUUUCUAGUUAUUAGUUAUACGUAUACCGAAUGCGAUUCUCGAAAUCCAGAUUUUUAGAGUUUUUGUAUACUCUAUAAUAUAUCAUGUUUUAAUGCACGUAGCUACGUUUGACGCAUUGCAUUUUCAAUGGCCACCUCCCGUAAAUAUGGUACAAUGUCUGACAAGCAAAGUAAAGAAAAUUUUACCAUCUGAAUCUGAUGCGGUAAGCGAAUUACGUCUGUCUUUUCCUCCAUUCCUUUUAAUGCUCCUUUUCUCUAGCUUUCAUACGCAACAUUAUUAAAGCUUAACACGUCUUUCAACUGCAGAAUUUCCAUCUUCAGAACUUUCUUGAAAUUAUCCGUAUAAUUUUAUAACCUAAACUGGUUUUCAACCAAGUAAAUAGCUCUUAAUAUUCUCAUGAUUUAAUCCAAGUAACGGACUCGUUACUUUAUCCAAAUUGUAUAGUUGGUGACUGUUCCAAAAAUCCUGAUAUUUUGGCGUUUUUCAUAAUUGAGAGAGUCGAUGUUAAAUUAAUAGCAUAUUAUUGUUAUUUGUAAAAACAUUGUAUUAAUUGCCGUGUUCAUGCAAUCAAGUUACUGGGAAAGUCCAGGACUUCAGCCACACAAAUAAUAAAAAAUAUAUCCAAAUAUUAAUGAAUAAACCAAAUAUCCAACUAUAUCAGUUUAAUUAAUAUUCAGAAAUAAAACUGUUUUUGGCCGCGGUAAACGGAUAAUGUUUUAGUUUUGCAAUGUUUCUUGUAUACACACACGCAUUCACAAUGGCUCCCUGUGUGAAUUUAUUGCUUUAUUUGCUGUUUUCUCGAUUGCUGCUUAGAAUAUAAACACAAUGAUGGAAUGACAGACUCAGGAAUUAGGAUUAAAAAAUUAUUUUUAUCUCGCAUUAAUUUGUUCAGCAAAUGGCUGAAAUGAUUGGUAAAAUUGAAUGUAAAACUAUUGCUGGAACGCCUCGAAAUAAAAGUGUUAACAUAACUUUCACUUUGCAAGUUUCCAAAACACAAUGCAGUAUUACAGCGUCAGGACACCAUAGCCUACAGCGCAAUGAAAACAUGACAAAAUAUCGGACAAUUUGAGAUAUCUAUAGAAUGCAAACCAAAAUGGUUUUAAUUAAAAAAGUAUCAUGGCAAGGUUUUUGCCAACAAUCGGGAUAGUUUUUGCUAUUUGUUUGAAGUGAAUGUUUCGGAGUUUUAAAUUAAAUAGUUUUAAACUGUCCGUGAAUAUGUUUGACACAGUUAAACAGUAAAAGAUUCGCACCUUUCAAGUUAAAUACAGCAUUUUGUGUUUCGUUCGUUACCUGGGGACGAUUUUUUCAAUAUGUCGAUCGUCGAAUUUUAUAACAAACGUACCUGCAGGGAGGUGAGUUCGGGAUUGGACGCACCAAGGGUGGCUGGCUGGUCCAAUCCUGGACUCACCGAACCUGCAAGUACAUUUGGUUUUUAUCCCAUACACCGAGCCAUACACACAUUAAUUUUGUGGCUCUUCGCGAUAUAUUCGUCGAUGUUUUGUGAAAAUUUUCUCGGCCAAAAAAAUCACUGGGCAAGAAAAUACUUCUUUAUCUACGUCUACAUUACCUUUACUGCAUUUUUUCUUUGGCUUUUCUUCAGUCUCAGUAUGUUAGUCACCGAAAAAAGCUCUUUAAAGUUUAGGUUUAUCGGCUAAAUCUUGUCCGCCAUAUUUGUUAUUGUUAUUGCAACGUAAGCAGUUUAGCGGGUGAGUUCGGGCGAAAAGCAGGUGAGUUCGGCAAAAAGCAGGUGAGCUCGACGACAAGCUCACCUGCUCUAAACCAAUCAAAAAGUCGCUUUUAACACAGGUAUGGGAUAAGAAACCAAAUUUGCCGAAUCGUCCCUUCUGAAAAGGAUUAUUUACUAGUCUACUGGCAAAUAAUGCGUCAGAUUUACUACUUAACUACAAUCAGAACGCGCAAAAGCUAAUUUGAUAUGCAAAAUUUAUACUAAAUUGUACUAUUAGCUAUACUAUUACUCAGUGGCGCCGCCAGCGCGAUAAUUGGGGGGGGGGGGAAUAUUCAUAUCUUCGUGUUCUGCAUUAUUAACUUCUUUUGAAAACUAUUGUUUUUAUGGUCUGUGAACACAAAUAUAUGAAUACUCCCCCCCCACCCAAUUAUCGUGCUGGCGGCGCCACUCCUAUUACUAUACAUUACUAGAGUAUUAGUUUAGGUAAUAGCGUGGUUUUAAAGGGUAUGAGCAACAAACAUUUUAUUGCUUCAUCUGAAAGAGCAUGAAAAAAUAAGCCGAUUGGCCUUUUGAUGCUCGAUUCUAUCUCAUCUAGAUUUACUAUGGGAAAUCGUGAAAUAUACGGCAAUUUUCCUUUGAAUAUUUAAUGUUUCCGAAUUUUGUUUCUUUAAUUAACUUUUUGCCUAAAAACAUGAACUGUUUUCCUUUUCAACGAAGCUUUAAUUUUCAUAAAUUACCGUUUAAUUUGAGGAAAAAUCUUAAAAUGUAAAGGAGAACAAAUUGAUUUGAAGACUGAACUGAAAUUACCUAACAAUUUGUUUUAUUUGUAACUUAUUAUGUUUUAUAUUUAUUAGUUUAUCGGCAAAUGAUCUAUAGUUGAAUGAAGAUUUCAAAACAUUUUACGAAGCGUUUCAAGUUAAAUUUUACAUUAAAUCGAAGCUUACAAGAUGCAAAAUAAUAUACCUACAGUAUAUAAUAUGGAAAUAUAUUGUUGUAUAGUUAAAAGUACGAAUCUUUGAACUAUUUUGCAGUUUUGUACAAAAAGUAUGAAAAAUUAAAAAUUUAAGAAUAUCGUGUUGUCAUGGCAACACUUGAGCGCGAGCCUGCGUUCAGUGGGCCAUUUCUGAAUACUUCAUGUUAAUUUAAUGUUUGGAAAAUAUUGGCGAGGGGUUACUGCAUGCAUGUAUUUCUAGUUGAUGAACUUUAGACUCCGCUAAUGCUUUCGUUUCCCCUUGUGUAAAUAGCCGGGGGGAAUUAGUACCCUCGCACGGCGCCGUCGGCUCGGGGACAAGCUGACGUGGGACCUCCAAAUUUCUUCUGUUGUUGCCAAAGUAAACAAGACACUUGGCUUCCUACGACACUUCGGCGUUUCCUUAACUGGGCCUGCCCACAGAAGGUCGAUGUACUUAUCACUGGUGCGCUCCCACCUAAGUUAAGCUAGCGAAAUCUGGGCUCCUCAGUCAUGCAGAACGGACUUAAAACUAUUGGAGAGUGUGCAGAGGCGAGCUACGCGUUUCAUCCUCAACUGCAGCAACGAUCAUCAUGUCCGACCCGACUACAAGUCCCGCUUGAUUACUCUCAACCUGCUUCCUAUUUCCUACUGGUUGGAGUGUCGUGACUUAUGGUUUGUUUACAAGUAUAUGAGCGGUUCAUUUAAUGUACAGCUUGAAGAUUACAUACAAGCCUCAAGUGGUCGCACCAGGAGCUCUACUGAUAGUUUAAAUCUGUAUCCAGUAAACCGUCUCCGUACUUCUUUAUUUAGAGACUCCUUCUUCAAUCGUGUUGUAAAGCUUUGGAAUAAUCUACCACUUGAAAAUCGCAAAUCAUCUUCCAUCAGUGCGUUUAAAUCUCGUUUAUAUAAACAUUAUUUUAUAAAGUUACGGAAAGUUUUUGAUACGGACAGAUUAAGUACGUGGAAGACAAUAUGUCCUUCUUGUACGUCUAUUGACAGCCCUUCCUGUUGUUAGUUACUAAGCAGCGAAGGUGUGGUACUAAGGAGAAUGCUACACUGUACCAUCCCGGUCUCUUCCUCAGAUUGACUGUACAAUAUGCAUCCUUAUCUUAGAACCAGAAUUAGGGUUAGUACUAUAGCGCAUGGGUUAAGAUUAUUUUCCGAAAUAAUUUCCAUCAAUUAUUUGUUUCAAGUGGCCGUUGGUAUGUGCAGUCAACCUGAGCGAGAGACUGGGCUGUCUGUUCAGUGGUAUUAGAGAACUUUUAUUGAAGUUUUGUGUUUUCUUAAUAGUGUAAAUUUCUAGUUAUAAUUUAUGUGCGGGGUUUGCCUUGUUGGGACUUCGAGUCCGUUCGCCGAUCCCAUAUCUAACUCGCCUUUGUUGUAAUGUCUUUUGUUUUGUUCUCAUUUAGCAUUGUAAAUUUCGCGAGUUCGAUUAAAGCUUCUUAUCAUUAAACAUACUUACCCAACUAAUGACGUCACACGUUGUGCUGAAUCAGCAACUUAUAUUUUGCACAUUUUUGCGUAUAACUUCGGAACUAGGUGAGAUAGAAUAGAGCAUUAAACGGCCAAUCGGCUUAUUUUUCAUGCUCUUUCAGAUGAAGCAAUAAAUUUUUUUGUUGCUCAUACCCUCUAACUUAUACGUUUAUGGCGAACAUAUAUUCCAGUGGCAAUGUUUUCCUGGCUUUGUUAUGUCACAUUAUACAACGCUAUAUAACAGCUUGAGAAUUCAACUGAACAGUAUAAGUUUUGUUAGUCUCGUUUAAGGUAAAGGAUUUUCCAUUUAAAAACAAAGCUAAAAGCCAUAUUUUCCACGCGAAGUCAACUUUUACUUCACGUAGCGCGCGCCAUGCUUGUUUUGUUUUGCAGCAAUCUGUGACCGUUACGUCUUUAAACUAAACUGUUUUAAACUGAUUGGUUGAUUUUAUCAUCACAAUGUUUUUCUAGCAAUCAGAUCAGUUUGUUACAGAUAUUUGCACUGUUGUUACAGAUUUUUGCACUGUUGUUAUAGAUUUUCGCACUGCUGUUUGUGAUUAACUGCACUGAAAUCGACCAAUCACAGUCGAGUAAUAUUUUUAUGUAUAUUAUUAUAUAUUUAAUUAAUUGGUUAAGUAACUGCCUGUAUGUUCCAUGUUGAAAUAUGUUUACCUACCGCUAAAAUUUAUGUGUUUUCCUCAUAUGUAGAACACCGAGAGCAGAAUUACAAAAAUUUCGGCAAUCGUCACGUUGGCUCCUCAACAAAAUAUAUCCUAAUAUUGGAGCCUACCUUAGCAAAGAGAUGCAUGACGAAGACUGCAAAUAUGGCUUGCGUGUUAAAAAUAAAAGAGGAGAGAGGUGGACAGCAUACGGCGAUAAAUCUCUAAAUCGUAAAAAAAAUUCCCGUAACUACAAAUUAGUCGUAGAGGCAAUGCAGAAAUCCGCAGAUCAAGUGUACAAAGCAUUCAGGAAUCCUACUGCGAAGAUCAGUUCAAAAAUAGUAACGGAUAUCAUACCAUUUGUUGAUCCAGAGGCGAAGAACAACACUCCUUUGUUUGAGAAAAAGAAUGGCAUAUGGUACUACCGUUCAAAACUUGAUUUACAGAGCAAAAAGAUAAAAAAACUCGGAAGGGGAGUUUGGGCCGCAUGGUAUUUGUGGAAUAAUCCGGAUCGUAAAAAUUCUGUCAAUAAAUAG